AUGGCCACGUCAUGCCCAGUAUCCUCGGCCUCUCGUCAUCCUUCCGAACCGGAGCUCAUCAAGUCGUACCUCCUCGGUCGGAUCACGAAGGACUUGUCAUGGGAAUUCAUCCACGACGCCGACGUCUACACCGCGGACCCGGCCAGCCUCACCGGCAAGUUUCUCGCGGCAAGCGACGACAGUGGUGAGAAAGUGUGGUACUUCUUCUCGCCGGUGAGGCCGAAGAACGUUCGAGGCCAGCGCAAGGCGCGGACGCUCGAAUCCGGGGCGGGAUGCUGGCACUCUGAGGCAGGCACGAAGGCCGUGGAGGACGGCGAUGGUCACCGCGUGGGAUACCGUCAGUUCUUCUCCUUCGUCUACAAGCACAACGGUCGACGGAUCCGGACUGGGUGGUUGAUGGUGGAACUCCGGCUCGACCGCCAACAGGGGGAGAAGAAGCCGUCGGACCUGGUCUUGUGCAAAAUUUACUUGACACCGCGUGCGCCGUCUUCAAGUGCGCAUGCCACGAGACGACCUGAUGGUGAAGAGACUGGAGGUAAAAGGAAGAACGACUGCCAGAGCCCCGACGAGGCACCUCCAGUAAGACAGUGUCGUUCCCAUAAUCUGCCUGAAGCAACCUCUUCGAGCAAUGUGGUGACCGCCGUGAUGGACGAUGACGUGCGUUCAGCACGAACGACGCAGCCAGCGAAUUCAGCUCCAGCGUCGUCGAUGAUGCAGUCGCCGCGGGAGAGGUUAUCCUAUCCGCCGCUCGCAGCCGAAGGCGAGGCCGCGGCAGUUUUUCCUGCUGAGAGCAGCGCCAGUGCAACGCGCAUCAUGGCGCCACCUUAUUUCGUACUUCCUUCCUCGGAUUACAGCAGACAAGAAUACAAGGACACCGUCGAGCGACGCUACUACACGCUCACCGGGGAGGUCCCCGAGGACGAGGUCAUCGAGCGCAUCAUCUCUGAGGGCCGCGGCGAGGAGAUCAUGAGCGCCGCAGUCGCCGAGCACGGCAAGGGCGCCGUGCUCGCCGCGCUCAACGAGAUCCAGGACCGCCACGACGCCGCCAGGGAGGUGGAGCGCAGCCUCCUCGAGCUCCACCAGGUGUUCCUCGACAUGGCCGUCAUCGUGGAGGCGCAGGGGGAGAAGAUCAACGACAUCGCGCACCACGUGAGCAACGCCAGGGACUACGUCCACUCCGGCAACAAGGAGCUCGGCAAGGCCCGCGAGCACCAGCGCGGCAGCCGCAAGUGCCUCUGCAUCGGCAUCAUCCUGCUGCUGCUCCUCAUCCUCAUCGUCAUCGUCCCCAUCGCCACCAGCCUUAGGAGGUCAUGA